UGAUAUAGCAAGCUAAAUUAUAUAUAUAUUUAUGUAUAUAUAUAGUUUGUAAUGCGGAGAUCCGCUCUUUCCUUGCUUUGUGAUUAAUUAAACAGUAUGCCAUAUUUUCAAAAUAUAUAAACCAUCAAGAUGAACAACAAUCAUAACAAUAACUCUAUGGACAACACAUGCGAUCAAGAUUAUACGGAAUUUCUCAAUGAAUAUCUGUUGCACACAAAUUUAGCAUGCAACGAACCGGAAAUACAUUACGAAGAUGGAGAAAUGGAAGCAGAGUGGUUAAUUUCAGCUGGAUAUCCAGAAUUGACACGACCCUUUGAACAGGGCAUUGAGCUGCGUUCCACAGAUCUUGAGCCCGUGUUAGCCACACUAUCAAGACCUCAUGCCGAGGCGAUCAAGCAGCGCGUGCGAGCGCUCAAUCAUACUGUCAGAGGACGCAGUAAAAACCGAUCAAAACGUAAACCUGACAUACGUGACGUCUUUCGCGAUUUUGACGAGUCCAGUACGGGAACUAGAUCCCGAAGUGCCACACCAGAUUCAUUAGAUUCCGUACACGGUGACGAAGUUUGGGGCAAUGCCUCAAUUCCAAGUUUUGUAAGCAUUUCGGACCACAGUACAGCAAAUUAUAAUGCCAACGCAUUUCCUUCGGUAAACAAGCAUUUAAAGCAGAAAAUACGCCGAACUCCAAGUGCUCCGCUAAAGAGCGCCACGUCCACGGAUUUGUUUCGCGGCUCGCAAGUGCGCUGCGAUAUACCCAUGUAUACAUCAGAAGGUAUAGAGUUGCUUGGAUUUUCGCGUAUUGGCACGCUGCACAUACCACGUAAUCGUUCUGGUUCUGAUCCAUCUUGUUCUAUUGGACGAGUUUGUGGACAAAAUAUACCGGAUUCACAGAGUGAAAACAAUACUUCAUCUGGUGAUUCCAGCGACGAGUUUCUUCCAAGUACAGCGCCAAUGUCAUCGGCAUUGUCGUCACCUGAGAAGAUACUAAACAAAAUAAACCUGGAUUCUACUCAGCAAAAGUUACACAGCAGCUCUCCGUCAGCAAGAGAGGGCAUCAGCUUUGAAAAUAUGUGCCGAGAAAAUUCUAGUCAGGAUGGCAUUGACACCGUAGACAGCAAUAAUGUCGUCUUACAAGAACACACCUCCGACAUCAGUACAAUAAGUGAAACGGAGCUGAAACGUUUACAGCCAAUAUUUUGGCUAGAGCUAGCCACAGUCUUUGAUCGCAAUCAGGUUUCGCUAGACAAGCGAAAACCAUUCAAAAGACGUCGCAAGGAGGAGGGCAGCCUGUUUGGAGUUUCAUUAAACGCACUUAUACGGCGUGACCAGCAAAUAUCUGGCAUGGACUCAACAUUAGUACCUCGAUUUCUCGAGGGUCUACUGGAAGAGCUAAUUAAGCGAGGGGCACGAGAGGAGGGUAUUUUGCGUGUGGCUGGACAAAAACAUAAGACUGAAUUAAUUUACAACGAAUUAGAAUCAAGUUUUUAUCAAAAGCCAGAAAAAUUUUCACAAUUGCUUAGCAAUGCAAGCGUACAUGAACUUAGUGCAUUGCUUAAGCGUUGGUUACGCGAACUGCCCCAGCCAUUGCUGACAAGCGAACUUAUACAACUUUUCUAUCAAUGUCACACAUUACCCCCAGCGGACCAAAUACGUGCAUUAUCUAUUUUAUGCCAGAUGCUUCCACACGAAAACCGCAACACUCUGCGUUCCAUUUUACGCUUUCUCAACAUAAUUAUCGAUUUGAAAGAUUUCAAUAAGAUGAAUUUACAUAAUGUAUCCACGAUAAUUGCUCCAUCAUUUUUUCCGCCACGCUAUAUACAUCCGAUCGAUAAGAAUUGCAUUGCAGAACAAGUGAAAAUGGCUGCAUUGUGCUGUCGCUUAACGAACGUUCUGAUUACACGGGGCGAGAGCUUGUUUCAGGUUUCUGAUAAUCUCAUUGCGGAGUCACGUAACCAAAAAGUUCGUCAGGGUAAACGUGGUCAUCGACGGGCAAUUAAAACUCCUUUAGUCCAUGCGAGAGCGACGCCUGGUCCUACUACUGAAAUUGAUAUUUCUAGGAAUAGUAAUAGCGAGGGUCACCGCCCAUCCUUUAAUCCAAGUCAUGUGCAUCGUUUCGUGGUCUAAGCUGAAGCGGAAAGGUCAACGCGUGCUACGUCUAUUUCAAGUUUCUUUUUUUUAUAAUUAAUAUUGAAUAUACUACUGUAAGUCUGUAUUACAUUGCUUACAUUAGUUCUUUUACACAAAUUUCUUCAGAAAGGUCAAGUUUAUUUUGAAUACUAUGAAAAUGUUCAGUAUCUAUGAAUUGAAUACUAAAAAUUAUUUUUUUAAGUUUGACUCAGAAUUAAUUAAUCUUCUAUCCUUAAUAUAACGUGUCACGAAAAUAAUUCAUUAAUUAUG